ACUUUAAAAAAAUAGUUCAUUAGAGAGAAUAAAAAAAAAAAUGUCAGUAUUUUUAGCAUUUUAAUUUCGGAGUACAAAAUUACGAAAUGGUUUUAGGCUAUAGUUAUUGAAAAAACUCAAAUAAGUUAACAUAGGAAGAAUUAACAGAAAAAACUUUAAAAAGCAUCCGCAAAUCGUUUGCUUUUUUACGGAACAGGCACACCAAAACAGAAGCAGACCUGUAUCAAAACUCUUGUGUAAGUGAUGAUUGUAUACUCAGUAACAUUACAUCGUUACAUUUAAAAAAGACAUACACUUCAAGUAAAAUGCUUUUGAAAGACAACAACAAUAAAGAACAUGGUAUCGAUGUAUUUAAGGAUAAAAGAUUCGUGUCAGUGCAAGUCUCUACAAAAAAAUCAAAGCCUAAAAGUUUUGAGCAAACAUUUGUUUUGCGUACUAUGGAGUUCUCGUUCAAUCAUAAACGUAAAAAUUCUUCCUCUAAAUAUAAACACGACUCUUCAUAUGAAUUCAGUUCUUAUGGCGAGAUCAGUGAAGAGGACAGAGAUUUAGAUUUGCAAUAUUACGAAAGAGUUGAUAAUUGGGUCAAAUCUGUAGUGGAAUUAACUUCAACUGGCGUUUUGGAAACUCCCGCCUUACUUGUGAGUGACAAUGAUGAUUUAGGUUUGAAAAAAACUUAUACUAGUCCUCGUAACCAAAUAAAAGAGAAAGUAGAUUUUUCUUCAAUGAAAGAGUUAACUUUUACAAAAUAUGGGGAAUUCAUAGAAAAGUUUGACAAGUUUGCUAUGAAAAAAAAUGGUAUGAGUCGAACAUAUUCUUCAAAGUCUACAUUUUUUACUGCACUGAAUGGCACAUUACCUCCACAACUCAAAAAACUUAUAGAAGUCUACGACACAUUCAUUUCGAAACGGAGUAAUAAAUAAUGAUGAUAGUUGAAAGAUGACUGAAAUUAUGCCAAAAUAUACAUGAAUUGCACAUUAUAUUGCGAGUUAUAAUAUUUACUCAUAAUUUAUAUACAUUUUCUUUUAAAACUUUUGAUCUGCAAAUUUUUGUGUUUAUUUCACAAAUUAGGUCUAUAGUUAAAAUAUUUUAAGUUU